CUUUCGAGCGGGUACAUGAACAUAUGUGUUAGUUACCGACCUUGAUUCAAAAAUGGACGAAGGUGAAAACCAGGAGCAACUGGCCGCAUUCAACGGGAUCGAAGCAACUGGAAUCGUGAAAGAAGUAAGUUUACUACUACUCCCCAUAUCUUCCAACUUAGAUUGUCAGUUCUGUAAUAGGAACUGCGGAAUUUAGCGCGAGCAGAGUGCCGAAAUGGUCAAGUAACAUCAUUGAACAAUCUAUUACACAACUUGCCAAACUAAACAGACCUUUCAAAUAUAUCGGUAAGGUACAAAUUUAAAGCGUUUCGUUUAGGUAGAACAAAGUGUCCUGCGUUUUGAUGCAGAAAAAUGGCGCUGGGUUACAGACGGCCAGUGCGUGCUUUUGGGAUUGCAGCACUGACGAGACUUUCGGACUUGGCCAUUUGCUACCGGUUUCUUGAGGAACACCAUAAGUACGUAGAUGAUAUUUUCAUGCUAGUAUCAAACGGUUCCAAAAUGGAACCAGCCACCGGUGGAGAGUUACAAUUCAAGACUAUCGUUUCUUCUGGGGUACAUAACUUGCUUCCGACCACGCCAUGGUGCGUACACGCCGGACAGUUUGUUUUCUCUCGCAAGUCAGCCAGAAACAUGCCAAUCUACUAUCUUCGAAGAAGUGCCAUAGCUCAGCAGUUACGAUCUGAGCUGGCUCAACAAAUCUCCACAGUAAAACAACACUACGCUGGGAGUGAGCACGUGGAUGAAGCAGGACAAUAUGAAAGGAGCAAUACCAGCGGCUCAGCCAGAAACAUGCCAAUCUACUAUCUUCGAAGAAGUGCCAUAGCUCAGCAGUUACGAUCUGAGCUGGCUCAACAAAUCUCCACAGUAAAACAACACUACGCUGGGAGUGAGCACGUGGAUAAAGCAGGACAAUAUGAAAGGUGCAAUACCAGCGGCGUUUGGUGCUGUCUGUCCGACUUCUCCAACUCAACCACAAGAUCACUAAAUGUCGUCGAGAUCGCUAUCCAUGAUUGA